CUCGCACCAUGGCUCAGGAGGCUUCUCCUGUGAUAUGCUCAGAGUGCGGCGAAUGCUUUUCCACCGAUUCUAUGCUCAUCUUGCACCAGAUGACGCACAAGGGCAAGAACAUUUUCUCCUGCCCCGAGUGCGGCAUGUGCUUCAGCAACAACACCUACCUGACGUUGCACCUGGCCACCCACGCCGACAUCAGGCUCUACGCAUGCUGCGAAUGCGGCAAGCGUUUUUCCACAAAGCAGGACUGCGCCAAGCACGAGAAUGCCCACACGGUGAGGAAGCCGUACAUCUGCACUGAGUGCGGCAAGGUCUUCUCCAACAACUCGAACCGCGUCCGGCACCAGAAGAUCCACACGGGCGAGAAGCCCUUCUCCUGCCUUGUGUGCGGCAAGAGUUUUAGGCGCAGGACGCAUCUGACCAUACACAGCCGCGUCCACACGGGGGAGAAACCCUUCACGUGCCAGGAAUGCGGGAAGUGUUUCAGCUGCAGUGCCCACCUUACCGUACACCAGAGGACUCAUUCCGGGGAAAAGCCGUUUUUGUGCCCCGAGUGCGGGAAGUGUUUUGCUCAGCGGUCCAAUCUGGUAAAGCACGCAAAGUUUCACCGGCAGGAAAGACCGUUUUCAUGUUCAGAAUGUGGAAAGUCCUUCACGUUGAGGUCGUCCCUGGUUGAGCACCUGCGCAUACAUACCGGUGAACGUCCAUAUUCCUGCUCAGAGUGCGGCAAGCGCUUUACACUCAAAUCCAUCCUGGCGGAGCACCAAAGAUCUCACACGGGCGAGAAGCCAUUUUCCUGCCCCGACUGCGACAAGCGCUUUACUCGCCGUUCCAGUCUCGUUGACCAUCAAGUGGUUCACGGGGCCGAGAAAACUUUUUUGUGCCACGAGUGCGGGAAGCGUUUCACCCGCCGCUCCUACCUUGCGGAUCACCAGAGAAUGCACGCCAGCCAAAGCCCCUUCGCCUGCCCAGAGUGUGGGAAGAGCUUCACGCGGAUGUCUUUUCUCAUUAAGCACCGGAAGGGCCACACCGGCGAGCGCCCCUUCCCAUGUACCGAGUGCGGCAAAAGCUUCAAGGACAAAAUGACGCUGGUGAAGCACAUCCGGACCCACACCGGGGAGAAGCCAUUCCCGUGCUCACACUGCGGGAAACGUUUCACUCAGAAGGCCAACCUGAUGAAGCACGAACGCGUUCACACUGGGGAGAAGCCGUACUGUUGCUCGGAUUGCGGGAAAAGCUUCUCGCACAAAUCCAACCUGGACAAACAUCGCCGAAUUCACACCGGUGAGAAACCGUUCCAGUGUUCAGAUUGUGGCCGGAGCUUCACACUGAAAUGGACACUUAUGAAGCAUCAGAAGACUCAUACUAGUCCGCAGGAAUAAAUUACGAUUCGGGUGG